AGUACUCGCCGAGUCUGUUUCCACUCAAGGCAGCCACAGCUUCACUUCCUGCUUACUCCAACUUUCUGCCCGCCUCCUGCCCAUCCCGCGACUCCAGCCUCUCCAGCUCCGGCCACACCUAACUGCAGGUUUCUCCAGUUCCUCAAAGUUGUUUUUGUUCAAAGCUGGAAGAACUAAGUCUUCUCAUCUGAGCAUGGAAUGAAUGGGCAGGGAUUAACAAAAGCAAAAGGAUGAGGUCUCACAGGAGAACACCCAGGUUGGUCUGGAACUUACUAUAUAACUGAGGACAACCUUGAACUCCCGAUACUCCUGGCUUCACCUUCUGAGUGUUGGCUUGCACCACCACAUUUAGCAUGGAUGUAUAUUUUUUGAAAUUUAUUUUUAUUAUUUUUAGUUAUGUGUAUAGGUCUGUGUGAGGGAAUGUGCACAUGAUAGCAGGUGCCCUCAGAGGCCAGAGGCCUGGGAUCCCCCAGAAACUGGAGUUAAAGACAGUCCUCUCUACAAGAGCAAGACCAAACAUGCUCUGAACUGCUGCCCUCUCUCCACACCACCUAGAUACGCAUUUAAAAAUCUUCUCAAUGUAAAGCUCUUCAAAAUAGGAGCUGGAAAGGCAAUCAGUUGCUACUCUGCAGAGGACACAGGUCUAUUCCCAGCACCACAUUCUGGGGCUCAUAACCCAUUGUAACUCCAGCUAUGGGUUAUCUGACACUCUCUUCUGGCCCUUGUGGGCACCUGCACACACAAGGCAUAUAGAUACACAAAUACACACAUUAAUAAAAAGAGAUCUUUAAAAACAUCUUCAAAGCUGGGCUUGUAGCUCAGAUGUACAGUGCUUGCCUAGUGUACUCUAGGAUUUGGGUUUGAGUCCCAGCAUUACACACACAUACACACACACUUUAAAAAAAAGCCAGAACUCAUAGCACAUGUCUGUAAUACCAGGACUCAGGAGGUAGAAGCAAUAGGAUCCAUAGUUCAUGGUAAUCCUCCCCUGCAGUGUUUGAGCCAGCCUGGGCUACAUGAGAACCUAUCUCGAAACAAAACAAAAAUAAAUACAGAAAACUAGUUUCCUCUGUUUCCAAAGGUGUAAAAGUGUCCUGAGACCAAAAUGUUGGUGAAGUGUCUUGGUCUGGGUGCUUUUCCUUAUUCUGUGGGCCACCUCCAGCAGGGAAUUGAAUGUUACAACUGUAUUCAAGACCCUCUGACUGAUGGCUGGACGCAUAGCGCUUGCUCCGCAUCUCUCCGUUGUUUUACCUUCCUGCUGCUUUCAAAUCUAGGGGUUCUUUUAGGUACAGAAAGGUUGGCACACUAGCCUUAAAUAGGGGCAGUUCUUCCAAGUGCAUCCUUAACUCUCUCGUCUGUGGGAAAGUCUCCCCUUUAGCCCACUCGACUUAUUUUAUUUUUUAAUGCCAAGAAGCACUUUAGGGACAUUCAAACCCAGAGACACCUGAUGGACUCAGGAAGGACAUAAGGAGGUUAGUAAAGUAUGUCUUAGUCUUGCAAUCCAAACAUUUGGGAAACAGAGGCAGGAGGAGGAUCACCGCCUAGUUCUGUCUCAAAAGGAGGUAAAUGGGUAUGGGGGUGAAUGCCUUCAGUCCUAGCACUCCCGAGGCAGGGGCAGAUGGAUCUCUGUAAGUUUUAGGCCAAUCUGGUCUACACAAGCGAGCUCCAGGAAGACCAGAGCUACAAAGAGAGACGCUGCCUCGAAACAACAAAACAGAGGCGUCAGGGGUUGAAGCUGAGGUGUGUGAUGGGUAGCUAGCAGAGAGAUACUUGUUCUGGGAACGGUCACUCCUCCCUCACAAUGCCAAGGUUAGAUUUACGCAUGCUCCUUUGCCCCUGCGCGGCCCAUCCCCCCCCCCCCGCAAACCCCUUGCCCUGUCCCCAUCCCCCUGCUCUGCAAGCUCUCCGGGCUCAGCCCCUGGCUCAGGACCUCUCCGCCCCGCCCCUCGCCCCGCCCACACACCUCGCCCCGCCCCACGCCCCUUGUGCUCUGGACUUUACGACCGUGCGGGCGCUUUCCGGCCUGCCGCGCGUGUGUUGACGUGUCGAGGAGGCGGAGCCUAAGACAGCGAAGUCCUGGGACUCCGCACGCUCGGACCCCCCUGCACAGGCUCCUCUGUCCCUGCAGUCAUGGCUUUGCACCGUGGCUCUGCACGGGCCGCUACCGCCUCAGAUAAAGUGCAGAAAAACAAGUCCGCGCGGACAUCAGGGCUCAGCCAGGGCAGCCGCAUGGAGAAACUUUUGGGGUUUGAAUGGACAGAUUUAUCUAGCUGGCAGAGUGUCGUGGCCCUGCUUAACCGACCAACGGACCCCGCAAACCUGGCUGUCUUUCGUUUUCUCUUUGCGUUCUUGAUGCUGCUGGACAUUCCCCAGGAACGAGGCCUUAGCUCCUUGGACCGAAAGUACUUGGAUGGGCUGGAUGUGUGCCGCUUCCCCUUGCUGGAUGCCUUGCGCCCGCUGCCACUUGACUGGAUGUAUCUUGUCUACACCAUCAUGUUUCUGGGGGCUCUGGGCAUGUUGCUGGGCCUGUGCUACCGGCUGAGCUGUGUGUUGUUCCUGCUGCCGUACUGGUACGUGUUCCUCCUGGACAAGACGUCGUGGAACAACCACUCCUAUCUGUACGGUCUGUUGGCCUUUCAGUUGACAUUCAUGGAUGCAAACCGCUACUGGUAUGUGGACAAGGGACUCCUUGUGAAGCAGCAAGUCCUUAGCCACAGAGCUUUCUGGAAAAAAACAGGGAUUCUUUGUUUGCUUAAACAUUCAUGCUGCAUGUUAUGUUUACAGAUCUUCAUUGUGUAUUUCAUUGCGGGUGUGAAAAAGCUGGAUGCAGACUGGGUUGAGGGCUACUCCAUGGAACACUUGUCCCGACAUUGGCUCUUCAGUCCCUUCAAGCUGGUGUUGUCCGAGGAGCUAACAAGCCUGCUGGUGGUGCACUGGUGUGGCCUUCUCCUUGACCUCUCAGCUGGCUUCCUGCUCUUUUUUGAUGCCUCGAGAUCCAUUGGCCUCUUCUUCGUGUCCUACUUCCACUGCAUGAAUUCGCAGCUCUUCAGCAUCGGUAUGUUUCCCUAUGUCAUGUUGGCCAGCAGCCCCCUCUUCUGCUCAACCGAAUGGCCUCGGAAGCUGGUAGCCCGGUGCCCCAAAAGGCUGCAAAAGCUGCUGCCCACCAAAGAUGCUCCUCAGCCUAGUGCUUCCUGUGUGUAUAAGAGGGCCCGCGCCAGAGCUGGUCCAAAGGUGGGGCUGCGCCACCAGCUGGGAGCUGUCUUCACCCUGCUCUACCUUCUGGAGCAGCUCUUCCUGCCGUAUUCCCAUUUCCUCACCCAGGGUUACAACAACUGGACAAAUGGGCUGUACGGCUAUUCCUGGGACAUGAUGGUACACUCCCGCUCCCACCAGCAUGUAAAGAUCACCUACCGUGAUGGCCUCACUGGCGAGCUUGGCUACCUUAACCCUGGGGUAUUCACACAGAGCCGGCGAUGGAAGGAUCAUGCAGACAUGCUGAAGCAAUAUGCCACUUGCCUGAGCCUCCUGCUUCCCAAGUACAAUGUCACUGAGCCCCAGAUCUACUUUGAUAUUUGGGUCUCCAUCAAUGACCGCUUCCAGCAGAGGCUUUUUGACCCUCGUGUGGACAUCGUGCAGGCUGUCUGGUCCCCCUUCCAGCGCACACCUUGGGUGCAGCCACUCUUGAUGGACUUGUCUCCCUGGAGGACCAAGUUACAGGACAUUAAGAGCAGUCUGGACAACCACACUGAGGUGGUCUUCAUUGCAGAUUUCCCUGGUCUUCACCUGGAGAAUUUUGUGAGUGAAGACCUGGGCAACACUAGCAUCCAGCUGCUGCAGGGAGAGGUCACUGUGGAACUGGUAGCAGAAGAGAAAAACCAGACUCUUCAGGAGGGAGAAAAAAUGCAGUUGCCUGCUGGAGAGUACCACAAAGUCUAUACUGUGUCAUCUAGUCCUUCCUGCUACAUGUACGUCUAUGUCAACACUACAGAGGUCGCCCUGGAGCAAGACCUGGCAUAUCUGCAGGAAUUAAAGGAGAAGGUGGAGAACGGGAGUGAAACGGGGCCUCUGCCUCCAGAACUUCAACCUCUUUUGGAAGGGGAAGUAAAAGGGGGCCCUGAGCCAACACCUUUGGUCCAGACCUUUCUAAGACGGCAGCGGAAACGUCAAGAAAUUGAACGCCGGCGAAAUAGCCCUUUGCAUGAGCGACUCCUGCGCUUCCUGCUGCGAAAGCUGUAUAUCUUCCGACGCAGCUUCCUGAUGACUCGAAUUUCACUCCGAAAUCUGCUCUUAGGCCGCCCUUCCCUAGAGCAGCUAGCCCAAGAGGUGACGUACGCAAACCUGCGACCAUUUGAACCAGUUGACGAGUCAAGUGCUCCCAACCCCGACUCUUCAAACCCGACCCCUGCAGAGCCAGAUGCCGAGCAUGUUCACUCAGAGUUGUGAGGAAGUCCAGAUGUUGUGUGGCUGUGUGGGGACAGCCUGUUACAGGUUUGCUGCCUGUGCAGAGGAUGUUUAUUGGAGAAAAACCAUCUAUUUUGAGACAGGCUUUUACAUUACAGCCCAGGCUGGCCUCAAACUCAUGGUAGUUCCUCUGCUUCAGCCUCUCAGUGGUUACAUGUACAUCACCAAACCUAGUUUUUUCCUUUAACAUUCCCCCUCUUAUAAGUUCUUAAAGAUGAUAGCUUAUAGAAUCCAAGGCAACAGAGAAGAAUUUGAAGAAUUGAGGGCUCUUUUUAGAAGCAAUAUGAACUAUCCUCUUACAGUAAAGGGUUUUUUUGUUGUUGUUGUUUUUUCCUUUUUUCCCCCUCAAUACAGGGUUUCUCUGUGUAGCCCUGUUUCGGAACUGUCUGUAGACCAGGCUGAGCUUGAACUCAUAUGCACCACCACCGACUGGUUCAUAAGUCAUUUUUAAGCUGGUUCUUUAGGAAAAGGAAUGUUCCACAAUGAAAAUAGCUGAACCCAUGUGUUUGCUAUGUGCCUGGUACUGUUUGAAGCAGUGUACCUGAAUUAUCAUACUCAGUACUUGAAGAAGCAUUGGUCUUAAAUGCUCAAAUUUUACCUUUGGAGAAAAGAAAGCAAGUAAAAUUUACCCAUAGGCAUUCAGGAGUGGGUUGACAAUUUGAACUGAAAUCUGUCAGACUUAAGGUCUUAUAUGCUGCUCUUUAAUGAUUUUCAGAACCACUGACAGUAAAGCUGAAGCAGUAUAGCUUAAAACUUGUGUUAAUCUAAGUGAUUAAGAUGGUCAGGCACUAAAUGCACAAAGUAAUUCUGUAUUUACAAUUCCUUUUUUUUUUUUUGGUUUUUCGAGACAGGGUUUCUCUGUGUAGCUUUGCGCCUUUCCUGGAACCCCAGGCUGGCCUCGAACUCAGAGAUCCACCUGCCUCUGCUUCCCGAGUGCUGGGAUUAAAGGCAUGCGCCACCAUCGCCCAGGUACAAUUCCUUUUUAUAGCAAGUUUUUCAGUAGCAGUGUAUCAGAAUAGCACUACUAAAUAGGGAAGCCAGAUGGCUUGCUUUAGUAUAAAUCAGCUUAGUGAAUGGCAGCUAAGCCACGACUGAGUCAUAAGCCUUGAGGUUUUCCUUUUCCUUACAUUUGUCAAGCCCCAUCACAUCUUCUAUUCAUCCUAUUUUUACUUCUAUUAUCGGCCUAUUCCUUUACCCUUUAUACUGGAAUCUAUUUAGGGAUAGACCAAGGCAGGGCCACCACCUUUUUUUGCACAGGUUGGGCCCAAGUAUGGAGACCAAAAGUCCCUCUAAACACAUACAGAGCAGUGUAUAUAGACUACUGAUGGCCAUGCAGAGAGCUCUGAUCAUUUUGUCAAACAGGAAGAACCCUAGUUUGCAUUCUUCUUCGUGAUCUUUUCUUACAGUAACACCAUGAAUACACCUUGGCACUAUGUCCUUUCCUUGUCUCCUUAACCUGUCACCUCUGACUAGCAAGAAAAGGGUUUUUGUUCGGGAGGGGUGUCUUCCAAACUUGUGCUGAGAAAUGAACCCAGGUUUCAUGCAAAGUACCUAAGUUUGUAGAAAGAGGCUGCUUCCGUGCUCAUUUACUACCUGACCUUUCCCCAAGAAAACAUUGGGAUGAGUUAAGGAGAGAUGAGGGCAUUACUAAUAAUUUAACUUGCUUGGGACUAGAGAUGGAGCUCAGUGGAUAGAGGGUUAGUUUACCGUUUGACCUCAGCACUGUGUAAGUGCAGCUCUAUGAUACAUAUCUGUGACCUCAGCAGAGGCAUGAAGAUCAGUUCAAAGCCAGCAUGGGGGAGGUGAAACUAUCUGGUUGAAGGAAGUUUAUUGCCAGAGAAACUAGCUCUCCAACUACAGUUGCUCUGGCAAUGGACUGUUGAUGUCUUUUUAAAAGCCAAGGGGCCUAGCAUUAUACAUGUAGCAAAAUUAAAAAAUACAAAUUCCCUUUCAAUGUUAAGAAUUGGUACCCCAUGUUACUAUCUCCAGUGUACACUACAUUCUUGUCCUUAGCACUGAACCCGCUGCCACGCUUUUACUUUUUCUUCUGUUUUCCCUGGUCUAGCUAGUGUUCAUGUACCUAGUAUUUUUAGGACAUACUCUGCCCUAAGUCACUGUUGUAGUCUGAGGGCCAGAGAUCUCAUAAGCACAUCUAUGCAGUUCAGCAAUUCUAAGAUGGCCUCACUUAGACCAGGCUAUCCCCAAAAAUAAAUUCUGUAGCAGAGGAUAAUCUUGAACUCCGAAUCAGCUGGUAUUGCAGUUAUUAUUACUGUGUUUGGACAGGGUCUAUUAUGUAGCCCUAGCUGCCCUAGGACUAUGUAUACCAGAGGCUAGGUUCAAACUCAAAAGAUCUGGCUAUCUCUGCUUCCCAGCAUUUGGGACCACAGGCAUGUGCCACUACAGCCAACUCAGCAACUUAAAAAUUCUCCAUAGCUGUUCUUGCUACUAAGCAACAUUCAUUUAUCUCAUUCCUGCUCUUAGCCAACAAGGUUAUUCACAAUGGGAUGGCAUCUAAAGACUUGAGAUGAAGAACUGCUAAAGAACCCAAGUUUGUGGUCUCUGGAAUGCUGGGAUUCCAAGUAUGAGCCACAGAGGGUUUUGUUUGCCAUAAAUUAAAACUGUACUUUUGGGAAAUUUGUUCCAUUAUUUUAAUAAACUUCAAAGUCGCUUAAAAUGUU